GAAGCCGGCAUAUAGAUAUAGCAUACAACAGGUAACAAAACCGUAACUUUUUUAUUCCAAUUUUUCACCAGAAAAAGCAUAAAGCUUUGAGUUUCCAGUAUAGGAGAUAUAUGGAUUGUCAGUUAUGGUACCCUCUUGACUUAAAAGGAGUGAUAAUUCGAAGCUGCAAAGUACAAAAUUAUAUGCCUGGCUAAGCAGAACUUGAAAAUACUCGGAGCUAAAAGCUAUUUUGUUUGAAAAUUAGUUUCAUAAAGACUUCAUACCGUAAACAAACGAACUGAUAACAGUCUAAACCCUACAUGUGGGCUAUUCUUCAAAAUCGGACUUGACGGGGAUCUUAACUUUUCUGCGGGUGGACAUUUUGAAUUUUUUGUCCUUGUUGAAUAAUAUAGUGUCGCUGCAAAGGAAGGAAAACUAGAAAAAGGUACUGGUGAAUGAAACUUAGGCUGCAUAAUCAGUCAUGGUUUUUCAAAGAAAAUUUGUAAUGCAGUUGCCCUUACAACUAUCGACGGAGGCCAAACUUCAAAGUACCUCCGCGCCUAUCUUUCCAAUAAUAAUUAUUAAUAUGACAGGGAUAUGAAUCAUUUCAUUUUGCCAUUCACAACUUUCGGCAUAGGUAUGAUAACAUAUAAAUGUAAAGGUCUAAACGCCUUUCAUAACAGGCAGAGAAUUUAUGUCACGAUAUAUCUCGACUGUGGCCAAUACCAGACUUGACUAAAUUUUUGAAAAUAUUUUUUCUUAUCCUAAUAAUUAAGUUACACAGAGCAAGGGCAGACUGUGGACGUGAUAAAGAUGUAAAAGAGACGAUAGUUACAGUAAAAUUAAAGUAACAAAUAUAUUAGCAAUGUAAAGAGUUCAAGUUCAUGCACAUAUGCACUAACGCCUAGAGGCUCAAGGGUCUAUAUCUUUAUGACAGAGUCACUGAGUCACGUUCAAUGUUCAAUUCGACGAGAAAACAUGAUAUAAAUGGAAUUGAAUGAUUUUGCCUGGGGAGAGUCAAUUCUAAAAGUACUCGGCUAAACAGUAUGUUGUUCGUAAUUAGAUUACAGUGACUCUCAGAACGUUAUCAUUGCAUUUAAGUCAGAACUCAAACUUUUAGCGAAACAGUAAAUAACAGUUUUAAUCGAUUUUGGACAGGCUUUUUCUGUUCCACCAUUGAUCUACGUCAGGUAAAAAUAUUGCUUCCAACUGAGUAUUAACUCAUGAGACGAACCAAAUUCUAAUCAGUUAGGGCGACCUAAAUUAAGUUAAGAUAGUCUGAGUGUUUGGUCAGACGUCGAAAAUAGGGUGCCUCGAACCAACCAACUGAAUCAGACAAUCUCUAGAAUCAGACCAAAAAACAACAGGCCCAUAGCAAGCAUCAAACGACCGGGGGGGCUGAGCGAGUGGCCCACAUUAACCCCCCUCCACCCCGCUGUUGGUUGUAUUUGGCAGAGCAAAAAUACGAUUUCGUUCAUUUACACAAUUCCAAAUUGCACAGAAGAACAACAGUACAUAAUCUUGCUAUUAUCGACAAUACUUUGAAACUUUAGCUUCAAUUGACAGCUGUCCAAUUUAGUAGAAAAAUUCCACAGAAUUUAAUUCGUCUGCAAAUUUUUUUUUUUUUUUUUUGGGCUCGAGCCCCCCUGAUAAGGGCCUGAACAAUUGAAAUAAAUUUUCUCCCGAACGAGGCUAAAUAAACAAUAUCAUACAAAUUUUUUUAUUAGUUCGUUGUAUGUGAAGAUCGAUGUUUGUCCCAGAGACAAUCUUCGGACGUUGUACCCAUCUGAAGCAUACGGAUGGAAUCGUACUGGACGUCAUCCAAACUCGUUCAGACGAACUUAACUGAGUACAGACGUCGAACUUUUCUUGAACUUAACUCACUACGUUUGGUUUGUCUCGUAAAAAGUUCGACGUUAGGCCUAGGCUUAGGAUCCCCCUAAAAAACAACACAUUUCCACUGACAAGAAAUAGACCAGUGAGCGUCGGAGAAAAUCUCAGACAAUUCUAUAAUCGUCUUCGAGGGCAAAAACGUUGUCAGUGUAAACAAGACGCCAACACGAAGCGUGGCAAAGCGAAACUUUGUGUUCUACUUAAGGCUAAGCCGUUUCGCCACUACUAACAGUAAACCUCGUCCGAAUUAUGUACUUUAUUUAUAAUUUAAGAAGUAUAAUAUAAUAAGGAAAUAAUUAUCAUAAGAACCUUUAAUGAGCUGCCUUACGUCACUGCAUAGAGAAGAACCCAAAGAGCGCCAAUGCGAUAAAGAGUUAGAAGUUUAUCACACUUGGAUUAAUGCAAGUAAAUGAUAUAACUUGGUACAUGACCAUGUCAUUUAAUAUUAAAUACUCUCCGCGUAUUCUGGGUAUUGAAAUAUCAACAUUAAGUCAGUUCUACACCACCUUUAUCUGCUUUUAUUAAUUCUUAUGAAAUGCCUCUCCGAAAGGCCAUUUUAUUUUAUUCUAGAACUUCUCCAGUUAGUAAUACAUGUUCUAGUGAGUAUACCAGUGGCGGAUCCAGGGGAGGGGCCAGGGCCCCCACUCCCCCCUCCCCCACUUGUUUUUAGACCAAGGGCCGAAAAAAAUUUUUUUUGAGACCGCCCUCCCCCGCUUUUCUAAGACCCCCCCUCCUUAUCUCAAUGUCUGGAUCCGGCACUGUACACUGUAUUCUAUUUUGCCCAACUGAAGUUUUCGAUUUGGUCUAUUGUUUAGCAACUUUUACGUUUAAUUGUGUAGAUAUUUGCAGUGAUAGAUAUAUCAGUGGCAUAGGUUGGUUGGUUGGAGGUUCCUUCAUGCGUGAGACAUUUCUUGCUAUUAAUGUGACUAUGUGAUACAGUUAAGCCUUAAUGUGUUGUUUGUGAUGGACUGUGUGACUGCGAGAUGCGGUUCGCAAGUCCAACCCACAAAAAUGACCCUUGCUCGCCAACGAGUCCUCAGUAGCUCAGAGGUUAGAGCAUCCGAUCUAGAACACGGAGGGUUCGUGGGUUUGAGCAUUUUUAUAUCUAUAUAUAAAGCCUUGAGUGUUUUCCCAAGCCCACUCUAGUGCGUAAUAAUCGUGCACUGACUCGAGCAGUAAAUGACUGUAUGAUCAGACUAAAAACUGUCAAUUGUAUGUUUCCUCAAGGAAAUUAAAAUUAAAAGUUCGCAAACUGUAUUAUAAUUUGCAUACGAUUUCCCGAAACUUCCUUUGUGAUGUUGACUAACUUCCUGAAUCACUGAAUUGAGUUUCCUGCUUGUGGCGUCCGUCAAUAACAUGCAGUUUCACUAUCAAAGAAAAGCAGGUUCACUGUGAAAACAAAAAGCUUACUGUUAACUGGUGUUGAAUUGUUGUUUUUUGUGGAAGAUCAUAAAAGAAUAACACGUUUAUGGAUGCAAAUCUCCUCGAUUUUGUGUCCUCGCUCUAAGUUUGAAUCUAUGGUGAAGAAGAAGUCAGUGAUAAACAUUUUCGCCUAGUAAAAAGGAAGUCUCACAAGCAAAUUCAAGAUACGACACUCAGUCGCGUAGCGGUGGGUACAUAAUUAGGACUGUCGAUCUCCGGGAAACACGCUUUAAUAAUUUCUCACAAAAGUUUCCUUCACUAUCCUGCGAACUGUUCUCUCCAAGCAACGUUUCGGGUGGAGAGAAGCUACGACCCAGGGGCACCCAACGAGGAUAUAGUUCAAAACCACUUAACAUAGCAUUGUUAAACGUAUUUUAGUAUUCAAACGGUAGAUAUAGGCAUAUUUUUAUCCCCUAAAAACUUUUCAUCUGUUCGGAUUUCCUAGCUGAAAGUCUAGUGAUCCGAAAAUUAUAGGGAUAAAAACUUACCUUCUCGAAAAUUUCAGCCAGGAAAAGGCUCCCGAAAAUUUUAGGUGGCCUUUUUUAGGGUCAAAACCGGUUAAAAAUGGGUAAUUAUACCAUUUUGUAGAUGUUCGAAAAUCCUAGGAGAGGCAGGCAAGCAACAAAUUGUACAACAAACGCUCCGAAAUUUCUAGAUCUCAAAUCGUUUUCCGAACAGAUAUUUUCCCGAAAAUUGCCGUUGGGUGCCCCUGACGACCGGAAAUACGUCUGCGUUCGCAGGCUCUUCCAACACACGAUACUAAUUUGCGUUUUUUUUUUCUUUUUGUAGCUGCGACGAGACUGGUUAAAUCUGGGAACCCAAGGUAAACUGUGAUACUUUCUUGAUGCAGUAAGCCUCAGUCCGCGAGGAACCGAAAAGCAAAAAACGCCAGUUAGAUACAUGAAUUCUUGAUGGGCCUGAUGUCUAUUUACAAAGAAUAUGGAUUAGCUGAGAUCGCGGUCACAAUAGUGCAGUCCAUACUCGUUAUUGUGAACUUGGCUGGGAACUCUCUGGUUUGUUUCAUCGUGUUGAGAAAUCAGUGCAUGAGGUUAGUCGUGUGGAAAAUGCAGUCAGUACGUUAGUAAGUUGAUUUCUGUCGGGAAAAUGUGAUCCCGGGGGGGUACUCGAUAUAUUUCUGGGUGGGGAGGUACGGCGCGGCCCCUCAUACCCUGACCCUGUUUAAGACAAAUAUCGCUGAUUUUCCUGCCCUGUUUAAGACAGAAUUCCGAUUUUUGAUACCCUGUUUAAGACAUUUAAUUAACAUUAGAGCUUGUAAAAAUUUUGCUGUUUAUCGUCCAAGAAAAGAUAUCCUGUUUAAGACAAAAAUUGAUCAAUCGAUACCCUGAUUAAGACAAAAAAUGAUAAAUUCGAUACCCUGUUUAAGGCAAAAAUCCCCAAAAACAUACCCUGGCUGGCUGCACGUCCCCGUUAAGCCCUUAUAAGGGAGUACCCCCGGGAUGUGAUCACACUUUGCUUGAUUUCUAUUGUCAAACCCCAAACAUGCUUGUCAUUCGUUGAAUAAAUAUGUCAUUCGCCCCUUGUGAGGAAACCGGAAUCCGGAUUCCGGAUUCCCGGAUUCUCGGCUGAUUCCUGGAAAUUGUUGCUUGUGGAUUCCGGAUCCUGGGCUUUAUCACCCGGAGUACAGAUCAAGGAAACAGGAAUCCCUCUAACAAUUACAAUCCGGAAUCCACGUCAUGGAAUCCAGGGUCCAAGACUGUCUUGUAUUCCCAUACAUGUGACUAGGAUCUGCAUGCAAUAGGAGAGUGAGAUACUCGAGGUCUGAAAUCUUAGCUGAUUAGUUAACGUUGAGCCAUUUAAUUUUUUGCGGCAAAAUGUUGAUUUCAAUCACUAAGUAAACAGAAAUUAGUCAAGUUUUGUCCUUAGUGAACGAAGUCUUUCUUUUUCCUAAUAGAGAUCUCAAAUGAUUUCCUUUCAUUUUUAUGAAUUUCUACAGGACAUCAAUAAAUUGCCUCCUCAUGAAUCUCGCCAUAGCAGACAUAACUAUAGCCACAUUUUUACUACCAAGAUAUGUUUUGGUGCACACUUUCACUCAUCCUGAUGGAGUUGCUGGAAAAGUGCUCUGCAGACUGCUGACCGGAGGAAAUGUUGCCUGGAUUGGAGGUGGCGCAUCAGUUUUUACACUUGUUGCCGUGGCAACUGAACGCUACUUUGCUGCACUACAUCCCUUUGGAAAAAAGGGAAAUUUUGGUGCUCGUAGAGUAAAGGUAUGCUUAUCGCUUUUGUUUCGAUUUGCGUGUACACCAUUUAAAGCGAAUUAACUCUUUCUUCGGCAGGUAGCGUAAGUGGUUCAUUUAAUUUGACUACAACUUACCUUUUGCGUCAUCAUAGCACAAGGUAACCAAGAUAAGGCUAACACUAUUUACACAACGAUAAAAAGUUAGUUUUCAUAACAUUUAGAAGUUUCUCUUGGUAUCGUGACUAGCAGAUAUACUCUGAGAGGGAAGUGGAAUGAAGACUGAAGUAAUUUCACUGCAUAAUAAUUCAUGAUUAAGCGAGGCACGAGCCCAGUUCCCGCUGAUAGAAAGCCCCUGGUAAAAAUUGUGUGAUGCAGGAAAAAAGUAGUGUAGAAAAUAGAGAAAAAGUACAUGAAAUGCAAAAUUGGAGAGUUAGUAUUACCAGGUAUCACUUAUAAAUAUAAACAUGCAUUGCAAAGCAAAGGAACACGUGACUAGGGCACACCUUGAGGAAGCAGAAGUGCCAAUUAACAUUGUGAACUUUUGGUUGUGUUUGACUGAUUUGCUAGUGGGUCUGGUACAGCAUGUCAUAAAAUAUUAUAAUUUUGUAUAUAUAUUUCAGAUGACCAUUGCUUGCUCUUGGAUCUUUGGGAUCGUCAUCACUUUUCCAAUGUUCCUAGCAAGGAACUUUGACAAGGAACUUGAUUGGUGCGUUUAUACUUGGUCUGAAGAAUGGAUGGGUAAAGCCUAUAGCAUGGUUUGGUUUCUAUUUACAGGAUUUUUCCCGGUUAUUUUCAUGAUCGUUCUAUACUCCCAAGUCGUGUACACUUUGUGGUUCACACGUUCAAAGCCAAGAGGACGUCAUCAUUGUGUGCAACAGGUUCGAAACUAAAUUAAAAACAACAUGCCUUAUACCAAUUUAUUCCUGCAAGAAAAAGUUCUUUUUUUGGCCAUGCAGAAAUUUCUGCCCCGUCCUCAAUCCACACUGUAGCAGUUUUCAUUGAUCGCCCAGUCGAAUAGUGCCACUUAACGCAUUUUUAAAGUGAAAUUUUUCGUUUCAUUUAACGUCCUCCUUUGUAAUAGCGCUAUUCUUAAGCCUCCAUGUUUAAUUAUAUUAGAAUCGGAACCCACCUACGUGUCAAAAGCUCGGGGUGGGUAAAUGCCCGACCCACGGGCCACGCAAAAUUUGCUAAUGCCCCACCCCCGGGACUGACAAGGUAGGCAAAUGUUCCGCAGUGGCCCAGGGGAGGGGGCUGGGCGCAGCUGGAUUUGUCUGAUGCAUAAACACACACAAAAAAACUUGGCCAAUAUCCAACCACCUUGACCUCACGCUUGGUCAAUAAUCCACGUGUGUAGGUUUACGUCACUGCCGUCAUUUGGUAUUAGUGAUUUACCUACAUUCCUAGCUGCUGGUCCCGUAUACUCACCCGCACCAGGGUUUAUUCUGUUCCACAAACAACAAGUUAAAAUUUUUAAUUUUUGUUUUCAGGGUGUACUGAAAGUACGCAAGCGGGUCACCUUGAUGGUCAUAACAGUCAGUAUCAUUUUUGGCGUAACCUGGCUUGCAGACACGUUUAACUUCGUCCUCUACUAUUAUAAGCCUUCCUUCAAUCAGCUGACAUACGCAGCAACUUCCAUUUUGGUCCUGUUCAAUUCUGCUAUCAAUCCUAUUUUGUAUGCUUUGAUAAAUCAGCGAUUCAAAGAGAAAAUGAAAGGAAUAUUAAGUGGCAAGUGUCGUGCAGAACCAGAGGGGAUGUUUUCUGUUAAAAAACGUGAGAAAGUGGAAAUAGCCGUUAUCUCCUUUCACCAAAGCCAAUUAACGGACGAACGUAGCUGAGGGAGUGAUUUCUGAUAAUUUAAUUUAUUUAUAGAGUUUACCUUAAUUAAUAUGUAUUUAAAACGUGACCGUAAAAGCAGCAACUGCUUGGUUAAUUAGAGGCCACCUUUGAGAGGGAGAAAGGUGCUUGAGUCAGUGUUGGCGGGAAGUGCCGUGUUUGCUGGCAGGCUAGGC